AUGGAAAACAAUACAAAUGAUCUAACGUCUCAACUCAAUCGUCAUGAAAAAGAACAGAGGAGACAACGUAAUAUUAAAUACCGACAGUCAAUACGUGAACAAUGUAAAAAUUUAUCACUACGAAAUACACCGGUUACUGAUAUCAAGUUCACCACUGAUCAAUUGAUGAUCAGUGACGAUUCUGAUGAAGAUCGUACAGAAAAUAUUAGUGAUGAACAACAAUCUAGAGCGCUAUUGAAUGAUAUUUACAACUCGAACUAUUCAACUGUUAAUGAAGAUAAUCAUAAUUUUACUGAUGAUCUGGAAUCGAAUAUUCAACUUGAUAAUGAUUUUUAUUUAAUUGAAUCGUCACAAUCUGAAGAUAGUGGAGGUGAAAAUGAUAGUGAUGAAGAUGAAGAACUAAUGCAAAUCAUUAAUUUCAUUCGUAGUGCUAAUCUUGAUAAAUCAAAUACGAAUAGAUUAUUAGAUUUACUAAAUAAUAUUAAAUCAAAUGUUGGUUUACCAAAAUCAGAUCGUGAAUUGUGGAAACGAGCUGGAAUUCAAUUUACGUUUCAAACAAAUAUAUAUUGUUCAAAUUGUAACCGACAACUAUCAAAAUUUGCUGAUAAAUGUGCUUGUCUUAAUGGAAAUCAAAAUAUGAAUACAGAACUUAUAUUAUUCUCUAUUCCCGAUGAAAUUCGUCGAGUUGUGAAAAUGAAUUUCCACCUAAUAGAAUUUUACGAAAAUUAUCGACAUGAAUUUAUGUAUGAUAUCACUAAUGGUAUACUCUAUUUAUCUUAUUAA